AGAUGCUUUGGAUAGUGGGUUGUUUUGACACGGGCGGCCUGGGUGUGGUGUUUGUUAGCACUUGCAGCCAGGUGUUGACAGACAGGCAUGUCGGGGAUCGAGGUGUCGAUUGAGCCACAGUUACUCAUCAUCAGGUUUUGAGAGACAGUUGUGUCUGGGAUCGAGGUAUCAGUUGAGCCACAGUUACUCGUCGUCUGGUCAGUUGUAUGAGAAGCAUGAACUAUCUCGCCGUGAAGAGGUCCAAGAUUUAGUUCGACAUCUCCAGCACACAUAAGAAGACUUGAAACAAUAACAGCAAGCAAUACACUCUGUGCUUUCCUUGAGCUCACCUUGCCAUGUAUGACUGCGGCAGCUCUCGUCUUCUCCACAUGAAGUGAGCAAAUCGCCACAAACGACACGGAAAGUUGACAUUUCCAACGGCAUUUCCACAGGAUAUGCAACACACAAUUCAGUUUACAACUUUUUGGUCCAGAUGAUAUAGAUAAACUAAAAUAAAUAAGUUUUCUCAAGCUUUCAUGUAGAGCACUCAAAAACUCGUAUAGCCUGGAGUCGAGCUUUGUGUAUAGUAGGGUGGUGUCCAUCGACGCUGGCUGAGGCGCGGUGCUGACCCGUUGUUGGAUUAACCACGAGUUGUAUGGGCUGAAGAUUUGGAGCCAUUCUGGGUAAGGAAGAAUCGCCUCCCAGGACCAUUCCAUGAUCCACGUGAUUUUGGUUCAGCACCCAGCAGCACGUGCUAGGAGCCAAUCAGUGAAUGACAACAAUGAUGACAAGAAAAGUUCAGCUGUUCCUUUUACUCAUUCUUCUAGAGAUUAUACUUGUUGUUCUUGUGACUUACACUGACAUCACAGGUAUUCACGUGACUUGGUUGUCUUCUCUAACACCAGAAAAUAAAGGUCAUACCGUGAGUGCGAAAUGCGACAAUGAAACAAUGAGCCUGUAUCUUCAAAGAUACGAAGUUUUGAAUGCAGCCAAGGGGCAUUUUGCCAGCAGGAUUUGUGACAAUAAAGAUGGCGGACCCUGUGUGGAUCCUGCUUGUAACACGACCUUCCUGCCGCCCAGGGCGAGACUACAGCGUCUUGUGAGCACCCAGUACAACGUCAGCUCCCGCCAUCUUGAGGUGCUGCGCUCCUUGGGGGCCCGGGUGUCGCCCGCCGACCUCGUCUUCCUCACGGCGGCCUCAGAGAACCAUUUUGAUGAGAGUCAGGGUGUCAUCAGGGACCUGCAUUUAAAGGUCUUUCCCUGGCUCAGCAGCAACACCAACUAUUCUUAUAACUUUAUCUACUAUGACCUGGGACUCGCCAACAACAGCUUGGCUCUGCUCACUAAGUACUGCAGAUGUCACGUGCUGAGUUUCCCAUUCCAGUCGCUACCUGAUAUCUUCAGGAAUCUCAGAACGUACCAGUGGAAGCCCUUACUUGUGAAGGCGCACAGCCCGCACUCCAAGCUGCUGAUGUGGAUGGAUGCCUCGGUCCGCUUCAAGUCCGGUGAUGUCAGCCUUAUCAUCCAGCGUGUCAUGGCCGACGGAUUUUUCAUGAAACACGGCAACUACAUGAUGCCGAGACACGUGAUGCCAGUGAUGCUGCAGUAUUUUCACACUGAAGCCUGUCUCCUCGCCCCCUUCUAUGAGACGGAAUCAGGCUUCGUUGUGGUCAAGAACGAGCCGCUGAUGAGCAAAGUUGUACUGGAUCCUUGGGUCGCCUGUGCAUUUGCCCCGAGAUGUGUUUAUCCAGGUGAUGACUGGAGAAAAUUCUUACCGUGUCCUAGUAACAAACGAGGCUAUAGUGUGUGUCACAGAUUUGACCAGGCGGCUCUAGGUGUGAUUCUUGUCACACUGUUUGACUUUAAAUCGUCACAGCUUGUAGUUCCUGACAACAGUUUUUAUAUUUGGAGAGACCACAAAGUAAAGUAUUUUCCUAACACAGUUUAAAUAAUCUUGAUUACGAAAUUUGUUUAUAAAACCUAUUAACUAUAUCCUCCGAAGCAGGAGAAUUAUUCCCUUCUCUGUUAUCUUCGUCGAUUUGACUCACUUUCUUACUUUAAAAAUGUAGAAAAACUUCUGUACUAAGACUGUACUAAGUACUUAUUACGAACCCCUCUUAGAGACGACCCACAUAUUUUUCAAAGAUGCAUUUUCCUCCACAACCGGAGUUACAAUCGACAGUUUAAGCUCUGUGACCAAUUUGUCGCUCCUUGUUGUCUUUUUUUUUUAACAGAUGCACGACUCUUAGUUGUGCUUCAUGAUGAUCUUUGGGAGAAGUCACAUGCAAAUACAAAUGAAAUAUUACAUUAUUGUUUGUCUAUUCCCAUAUUCUCUCUCUCACUCACUCACACAUAUGCACAACUCGAUUAGAUUUUACUCACACAAAGUACAUGUACAGCUGCCUACACAUAUACCAAUUAAUUAUUUUCACAUUGUUGUCAACUAUAACAGGAAAGCAGACUGUCUUACAUCUCGACCAUCAAGAUUACAAUGUAAGAGUUAAGAUAAACGGGAAGAAAAUAUACAAGAAAAGAAAUAGUAAUCAUAAGUCAACAUCCUUAGAAGGUAUCACUCUAAAUGUCACUGAAUAAAGGUGAAAUCCUAUUAUAAAAUUAUAGCUAUUUAUAUUAAAUGUGGAAUGAAGGAAACUUCUCACCAAAAUGACACACAUCAUAUAUCACUCCCCUGUAACAGGGAACGGUAGUAAAAUGUACCGUUGGUCUCCUGCGUUAAAGAAGGCAUAUACUGCUCCAGUCUUCUGAUAUUGCCAUUCCAUCAGCACCACCCUCUCUUUUUAUUCACAUGACACCCUGUCCUCUUUUUUUCCAAUCAUUUUCACUUUUUUUUUCUUCUAAUUUAUUUAUAAUUAUUGACUAUGUUGUUUUCUUAACAGCACUGUUUUUAGAAGAUGGGAAUGGAGACAUCAGGGAUUGUUAGAAUAACGCGGGUACUACUAUUUAAAUAAAAGGGGCAAUGCCAUUAAACUAUUACACGAAUUGACCAACAAUCAGUUCUGUACAGGGUUUUACUUAAGUUUAAAAACGAAAUAACGGUAAUAUAGCUUUUCAAAGAAAAUAAACACAACAUGUGGCCACGGGAUUUUUAGUUAUU